AGUGGAUGAGCUGUGAGUGCGCGCGUGUGCGCGGGGCCGCGACCUGUGCCGGCUCGAGCCCGCUGGGCACUCGGGGGCGCGCACGUCGUUCCCCGCCCUCCCGCCGCCGCCCGCCCUCGGUCUCUCGCGCUCCCCUCCCGCCGCCUGCGGUCCUCCGUCGGUUCUCUCGUUAGUCCACGGUCUAGUCUUCAGCUACCCGCCUUCGUCUCCGAGUUUGCGACUCGCGGACCGGCGUCCCCGGCGCGAAGAGGCUGGACUCGGAUUCGUUGCCUGAGCAAUGGCUGCCAUCCGGAAGAAACUGGUGAUUGUUGGUGAUGGAGCCUGUGGAAAGACAUGCUUGCUCAUAGUCUUCAGCAAGGACCAGUUCCCAGAGGUGUAUGUGCCCACAGUGUUUGAGAACUAUGUGGCAGAUAUCGAGGUGGAUGGAAAGCAGGUAGAGUUGGCUUUGUGGGACACAGCUGGGCAGGAAGAUUAUGAUCGCCUGAGGCCCCUCUCCUACCCAGAUACCGAUGUUAUACUGAUGUGUUUUUCCAUCGACAGCCCUGAUAGUUUAGAAAACAUCCCAGAAAAGUGGACCCCAGAAGUCAAGCAUUUCUGUCCCAACGUGCCCAUCAUCCUGGUUGGGAAUAAGAAGGAUCUUCGGAAUGAUGAGCACACAAGGCGGGAGCUAGCCAAGAUGAAGCAGGAGCCGGUGAAACCUGAAGAAGGCAGAGAUAUGGCAAACAGGAUUGGCGCUUUUGGGUACAUGGAGUGUUCAGCAAAGACCAAAGAUGGAGUGAGAGAGGUUUUUGAAAUGGCUACGAGAGCUGCUCUGCAAGCUAGACGUGGGAAGAAAAAAUCUGGGUGCCUUGUCUUGUGAAACCUUGCUGCAAGCACAGCCCUUAUGCGGUUAAUUUUGAAGUGCUGUUUAUUAAUCUUAGUGUAUGAUUACUGGCCUUUUUCAUUUAUCUAUAAUUUACCUAAGAUUACAAAUCAGAAGUCAUCUUGCUACCAGUAUUUAGAAGCCAACUAUGAUUAUUAAUGAUGUCCAACCCGUCUGGCCCACCAGGGUCCUUUUGACACUGCUCUAACAGCCCUCCUCUGCACUCCCACCUGACACACCAGGCGCUAAUUCAAGGAAUUUCUUAACUUCUUGCUUCUUUCUAGAAAGAGAAACAGUUGGUAACUUUUGUGAAUUAGGCUGUAACUACUUUAUAACUAACAUGUCCUGCCUAUUAUCUGUCAGCUGCAAGGUACUCUGGUGAGUCACCACUUCAGGGCUUUACUCCGUAACAGAUUUUGUUGGCAUAGCUCUGGGGUGGGCAGUUUUUUGAAAAUGGGCUCAACCAGAAAAGCCCAAGUUCAUGCAGCUGUGGCAGAGUUACAGUUCUGUGGUUUCAUGUUAGUUACCUUAUAGUUACUGUGUAAUUAGUGCCACUUAAUGUAUGUUACCAAAAAUAAAUAUAUCUACCCCAGACUAGAUGUAGUAUUUUUUGUAUAAUUGGAUUUCCUAAUACUGAUAUUUGUCAUCCUCAAAGAAAGUGUAUUGGUUUUUUAAAAAAGAAAGUGUAUUUGGAAAUAAAGUCAGAUGGAAAAUUCAUUUUUUAAAUUCCCGUUUUGUCACUUUUUCUGAUAAAAGAUGGCCAUAUUACCCCUUUUCGGCCCCAUGUAUCUCAGUACCCCUUGGAGCUGGGCUAAGUAAAUAGGAAUUGGUUUCACGCCUGAGGCAAUUAGACACUUUGGAAGAUGGCAUAACCUGUCUCACCUGGACUUAAGCGUCUGGCUCUAAUUCACAGUGCUCUUUUCUCCUCACUGUAUCCAGGUUCCCUCCCAGAGGAGCCACCAGUUCUCAUGGGUGGCACUCAGUCUCUCUUCUCUCCAGCUGACUAAACUUUUUUUCUGUACCAGUUAAUUUUUCCAACUACUAAUAGAAUAAAGGCAGUUUUCUAAA